GUGCAUAUGGGCUCGAGUAAGCUUGCUGGGCUGGCUGGGUCGAUCAAAGCAUGUGAAAAAAGGGUGGCAUGAGCUAGCUUGUCGCGCAAAGCGGGCCAUCGCCCAGAAGGGUUUGGCCGGGGCUUUUCCCCACGGGCCCCUCGGUAAAUCGGACUGGCUUUCUGGAACCGUAGCCACAGGGGCUCAAAGCCGAGGCUCAUUGCAACGGCUUGCCGACUCUGACGCCUACCACGAGGUCAACUUGCUUCCUUGACGUCCUCACUUUGCUUCUCGUCUUCUUUUAAACCCUCCAAACCCUCCCACUCCACCUUCCUCCUCCCAGCUGUUCUCCAGUAAUCGGACCUUGCUAAUUUUCGAUUCUCCCAACAACCCUCGCAACCAGACUCCAGACAGCAUGGCGGGCCAAUUAAGGUAUGACGGCCAGGUCGUGGUCGUCACAGGCGCCGGAGGUGGUCUCGGGAAGGCAUAUGCCACCUUCUUCGGCUCCCGGGGCGCCAGCGUCGUUGUUAACGACCUGGGCGGGUCUUUCAAGGGCGAAGGCAAUUCCUCAAAAGCAGCCGAUGUCGUCGUCGAUGAGAUAAAGAAGGCCGGCGGAAAGGCCGUCGCAAACUACGACUCUGUAGAGAACGGCGACAAGAUCAUCGACACCGCGAUCAAGUCGUUCGGCCGCAUCGACAUCCUCAUUAACAACGCCGGUAUCCUGCGAGACGUCAGCUUCAAGAACAUCAAGGACGAGGACUGGGACCUGAUCUUCAAGGUCCAUGUCAAGGGUGCCUACAAGUGCGCCAGGGCAGCAUGGCCACACUUCAGGAAACAGAAGUACGGUCGUGUUAUUAACACGGCCUCGGCUGCUGGUUUGUUUGGCAACUUUGGCCAGACGAACUAUUCUGCUGCCAAGCUGGCCCAGGUCGGUUUCACCGAGACCCUGGCCAAGGAGGGCGUCAAGUACAACAUCCUGUGCAACGUUAUUGCCCCCAUCGCAGCUAGCCGCAUGACCGAGACCAUCAUGCCCCCAGACGUCCUUGAGCUGAUGAAGCCCGAAUGGGUCGUGCCUCUGGUUGCUGUCCUGGUCCACAAGGACAACACCCAGGAGACUGGCGGCAUCUUCGAGGUUGGCGGUGGCCACAUGGCCAAGUACAGGUGGGAGCGCUCCAACGGCCAGCUGCUCAAGUGCGACGACAGCUACACACCAGGAGCUGUGCUGAAGAAGUGGGACCAAGUCAUCGACUUCUCCAAGCCGCAGUACCCAACCGGGCCCAACGACUUUGUGACCCUGCUGGAAGAGUCUCAGAAGCUUGGCGCCAACCAGGCAGGUGACAAGCUUGACUUCUCCGGCCGUGUUGCGUUGGUGACCGGAGGAGGCGCCGGUAUCGGCCGCGCUUACUCGCUGGCGUUUGCGAAGUACGGAGCUUCCGUUGUCGUCAAUGACCUUGUCAACCCAGACGAUGUUGUUAACGAGAUCAAGAAGUCUGGCGGCAAGGCUGUUGGCGUCAAAGCCUCGGCUGAGGAUGGCGAAACCGUCGUAAAGGCUGCUAUUGACGCCUUCGGCCGGAUCGACAUUGUUAUCAACAACGCCGGAAUCCUGCGUGACAAGUCAUUCCACAACAUGGAUGACAGCCUGUGGGACCCCGUCAUGAAUGUGCAUAUGCGUGGAACUUACAAGGUCACCAAGGCCGCCUGGCCCUACAUGCUCAAGCAAAAGUAUGGCCGUAUCAUCAACACUACCUCCACCAGCGGUAUCUACGGAAACUUCGGCCAGGCCAACUACUCCGCAGCGAAAUGCGGUAUUCUUGGUUUCUCUCGCGCUCUUGCUCUCGAGGGUAUCAAGUACAAUAUCUACGUUAACACCAUCGCCCCCAACGCUGGCACGGCGAUGACCAAGACCAUCCUGCCUGAGGAGCUGGUCCAGGCCUUCAAGCCCGAGUACAUCGCCCCGGUUGUCGUUGCCCUGUCCAGUGACAAGGUCCCCAAGAACCCAACUGGAGGCCUGUACGAGGUUGGCAGCGGGUGGGUCGGUGCGACCAGGUGGCAGCGGACUGGUGGUCACGGCUUCCCCACAAAUGUGCCACUCACGCCCGAAGAGGUUCUGAAGCACUGGAAGGACGUCGUCACCUUCGACGGCCGCUCCGACCACCCCGACAAGACCCAGGCCAGCUUGGAGAAGAUCAUGGCAAAUGCUGGAAACAAGGCAGGCGGGAGUGCUAAGAGUGAUGCACCUUCGGGCGGAAAUGAGCACCUGGACGCUAUCCAGACUGCCCUCAAGGCAGAGUCUCCAGCCACCGAGUUCAAAUUCACUGAGCGUGAUUCCAUCCUCUACAACCUUGGGGUGGGCGCGAAGAGGGACGACCUUCGCUACGUCUUCGAGGGUGCCGAGGACUUCCAAGUGCUCCCGACCUACGGCGUCAUCCCACCUUUCGACGCCGAGACGCCCUUCAGCCUCGACAGCCUCGUGCCCAACUUCAGCCCUAUGAUGCUCCUCCACGGCGAGCAGUACCUCGAGGUCCGGAAGUACCCGAUCCCCACGUCGGGCCGGCUGCUCAGCUACGCCAAACUGAUCGAGGUUGUCGACAAGGGCAACGCGGCCAUCGUCAGGCACGGCGUGACCACCGUGAACGCCGAGACCAAGGAGGAGCUGUUCUACAAUGAGAUGACCGUGUUCCUCCGCGGCUCCGGCGGCUUUGGCGGGCAGAAGAAGCCCUCCGACAGGGGCGCUGCGACGGCGGCCAACAAGCCGCCUGGGCGGGCGGCAGACGUUGUCGUCGAGUCCAAGACGACGGAGGAGCAGGCAUGCAUCUACCGGCUGAGCGGCGACUACAACCCUCUCCAUGUCGAUCCCGCCUUCGCCAAGAUGGGUGGCUUCAAGGUUCCUAUCCUGCACGGCCUCUGCUUUAUGGGCAUUGCUGGCAAGGCUGUUUAUGAGCAGUUCGGCGCAUUCAAAAACAUCAAGGUCCGCUUCGCCGGCACGGUGCUGCCGGGCGAGACGCUGGUGACUGAGAUGUGGAAGGAAGGUAACAAGGUCAUCUUCCAGACAAAGGUCAAGGAGACGGGCAAGCUGGCCAUUGGCGGCGCCGCCGUGGAGCUGGUGUCGGAUGCAAAGGGUAAGUUGUAGGUGAAUGACGAGUUGGAAGUGAUAUGAUACGAUGGUUGGCAAUUGAUAUUAUCUACGACUGAUGGAAGGUGUCUGUAUGCGGCGUUACUGCCACGCCAUCCUCGUUUCUUGUACUACAAUUUGAAGCCCGUGAUUUACUGUGUACUGUUUGUCUUGAAGAAUGAGAUGUCUUGCUCAGGCCCUAGGUCUGAGACAUGAUGGCAGUUGACAGGCUGACAGGUGAGAUGUGGUUCGUUGAUCGCAAGCGGGAGGGCGUGAUCCUUGGUGGGCUCAUUUCCCCAUGCCAUUCCUGCUGUCCUGCUGAGAUGAAUGGCAGGAUGGCCUGGAUGAUUGCCAGGCUGCCCAGGUGACGGUUGCACACAGGAUACGGGAUCAUGGGAAGGAUGGGCCUGAUGGGCUGGAUGGCAGGUCUAAG